GAAUUUCCAUGUCUGGAAUGAAAGCUGGUUUACCCGAAGUGACCUGGGGCCCUCCUACAAUGGAUGGCAAAUUCUGGAUGCAACUCCCCAGGAGCAAAGUGCUGGAAUAUUUCAGUGUGGUCCUGCUUCACUUAUAGCCAUCAAAGAAGGCGAUGUAGACCUGGACUAUGACUCUCCAUUCGUAUUUGCUGAGGUGAAUGCAGACCGUAUCACCUGGACUUACGACAUUAGGACUAGAGAGGCAAAGCCGAUCUCUUCUGAGACCAAGUCAAUUGGCCAGUUCACCAGCACCAAGGCAGUAGGCAGUUAUGCCCGUGUAGAUGUCACUAAUAAUUACAAAUAUGCAGAAGGCUCUCAGAAAGAAAGAGAAGUGUAUGAAAAGGCUCGUACAAAGCUGAGGCGAGAACUUGGUUUCAGUUCCACAACAGAGAAGCGACCAGAAAUUGAUCAAAAGCCUGACAUUUCAGGGAAGUUCAAGGUGGAUGGCUCCUUAGAGAUUGGCAAAGAUGUCAGCCUAAUCUUGGUUCUCAGAAAUUUGACCUCUGAUGCUAAGACUGUAAAGGCAAAUAUGACUGCUUGGACCGUCGUGUACACUGGGAAGCCAAUUCAUGAGGUCUGGAAAGACUCCCUUUCACAUACUCUUGGUCCUGAAGAAGAGAAACAGUUUCCCAUUAAGAUAACGUAUGCUGAGUACCAGCAAAAUUUAACAAGCGACAACAUGAUUCAAGUAACAGCUUUGUGUCAAGUUGAAAGUGGGAUUGAUAUGGUGGUGGGAAGAAACAUCACUCUGGAUAACCCUGACCUUGUCAUGCAGGUGCUUAGUGAUGCAAAGGUGAAUGAACCAGUGAAUGUGGAAGUGGUAUUUACCAAUCCUCUCGAUCAAGAGGUGAAAGACUGCGUGCUGCAGGCAGAAGGCAGUGACCUGCUGAAAGGAAAGCUCAAGAUAGAAAUGCCCUCACUACAGCCCAGGCAGAGUUCCAAAGUACCCCUUGAAAUCAUUCCCACCAAGAGUGGAACCAAGCAACUGCUCGUUAAUUUCUCCUGUGACAAGUUUCCAGAUGUCAAAGCCUUUGAGACCAUAAAUGUGGCCAAGUGAUUAUAAGAUGUGCAGUUGUCAGUCUGUCUGUAUAACCUUGAGUGAAAUAGUGCAAGAAAGCUCCUGUCUUCUGUGAACAAUUAGUAAAUCAAUCUAUUUCUGCUCCAGAAACAAAAUCCACACCCUGUCUGACAGGAAUUAUCAUGUUACAUAGUUUUACCAAAUUCAUGGCUGUGAAAAACGUGUUAUGGAUCGUGAAAUCUGGUCCUGUGUAUUUUUACCCUAUACUAUACAGAUUUCACAGGGGAGACCAGUGUUUCUCAAACUGGGAGUCCCAACCCAAAAGAGGGUUGUGGGGGUAGUCGCAAAAUUACUGUUGGGGGGGUUGCGGUAUUGCCACCUUUACUUCUACG